GCUAGUAGGAUUUUCGAACGUACCCAAAACUAUUAACCCGGUGCAAGGUGCAAGGUGCAAGUCCAAUAUCGAAAAGAAGAAUAUAUAAAAAUACUUUAAAGCUCCUUUUGACAAGUUGACACCCGCACAUAUGAGUUUUACCGAAACGAGUGCGUAAAUGCAAUCCUCUUGAUAAUCAGGAAGGUCUAGCCGACCAAAGAUGUCGAGCGAAAAUGACAGUGAAAUGGAUUGUUCGGACUCCGACUGUGGUGAUCCGGGUUAUGAAGAUUAUUACAAUAUACAGCCAUGGGGUGGUGAAGUGGACAAUGAUGUGGAUCCUGAACAAAAUAGAAGAGAUCCAGAGUACGCAGUAUAUGACUGUUUGCGAGUCGAAGAGGUAGAGCGACUCUUGAAUGAGAGUGUAGAAGUAUUAAGUAAUAGUCUUCACAUAACGCCAUCGCUAGCCAAAGUAUUGUUACACGCACAUAAUUGGGCGUUACAAGAUAUUGUCACUAAAUAUCGUAGCAAUGCUUCCAGUUUAUUGAUUAAUUCAAAAAUUAAACCUACCCUGGAACAAGUGCCAGGAUCAAAAAAUCAGAAAGGCGGUGUGUGUUCAGUUUGUGUUAUGGUUUCUCCUGCAGAUAGGUUUUCUACACUUACAUGUGGACAUUCAUUUUGCAAAGACUGUUGGUGUAUGCAUUUUGAAGUACAAAUAACUCAAGGUAUAUCUACCAGUAUAAGUUGCAUGGCACAAGAUUGUGAUGUGCUAGCUCCAGAAGACUUUGUUCUUUCUUUACUUGCUAAGCCUAACAUGAGAGAACGUUAUCAACAAUUUGCCUUUUGCGAUUAUGUCAAGUCUCAUCCACAACUGCGAUUUUGUCCUGGUCCAAAUUGCCAAAUAGUUCUACGUUCAAAGGAACAACGAGCAAAAAGAGUCAUGUGUUCAUCGUGCAAAACUAUAUUCUGCUUCCGAUGUGGUAUGGAUUACCAUGCACCUACUGAUUGCGGUACAAUUAAAAAAUGGUUAACAAAAUGUGCGGAUGAUUCCGAGACAGCUAAUUAUAUUAGUGCUCAUACCAAAGAUUGUCCAAAAUGUCAUAUCUGUAUAGAGAAAAAUGGUGGCUGUAACCACAUGCAAUGUUACAACUGUAAACAUGAUUUUUGCUGGAUGUGUCUUGGAGAUUGGAAAGCACAUGGUAGCGAGUAUUAUGAGUGUUCACGAUACAAAGAAAAUCCAAACAUUGCACAUGAGAGUGUUCACGCACAAGCGAGGGAAGCUCUCAAGAAAUAUCUUCACUAUUACGAGCGAUGGGAGAAUCACAGUAAAUCGUUGAAAUUGGAAGAACAAACGUUAGAGGGCAUCAAGAUGAGGAUAAAUAAUAAGGUGAUGAAUGCAAGUGGCACAUGGAUAGACUGGCAACAUCUAUUUGAAGCGGCAUCACUUUUAGCGCGUUGCCGGUAUACCUUGCAAUAUACAUAUCCAUACGCUUAUUAUAUGGAACCCAGUCCUCGGAAAGAAUUGUUCGAGUAUCAACAAGCACAAUUAGAAGCAGAAAUAGAGAAUCUCUCGUGGAAAAUUGAACGAGCGGAAACAACGGAUCGGGGAGAUCUAGAGAAUCAAAUGGAUAUUGCGGAAAAGCGUCGUGUUACUUUACUAAAGGAUUUCCUCGAGAUUAUCGACACAGGAAAUAAUAUCACGUGCUCUACAUCAUAAUUUAAAUGGGAGAAUUAUGAAAAUCUAAGAAUUAUAAAAAAUAACAUUAUAUAUAGCAUUGAUUUGUCAUGUCCAAAAAAUUUUUUCAGUUUUCACAAUAAUCGUUCGUAAUUAGAGUUAUACGGCAACAAACAUUAUAUAUACUUAAAUUCUAAUAAUGUUACUUUUCUCACAAAAUCAAUAGGGAAAAUAUUAAUUAUGUCGAUUGAUUUAUCGAUAUUUCGAUAUUAAAGUGUAUAUCUCUUACAAUUAGUUGAAAAAUAUUUUCAAAAGUGCACUACAAAAUGGCUUUUCUGAAGUGUUUUCUUUCUUUUCUCAUUUUAUAUAGUGAAGUACAUUUAACGCUAAUCUCGCAUUUUGAUAAAAGGCAUUGUAUAGGAGGUAUGAGAAGUAUCGAUCAAUCAGAAAAUCAUAUGUCUUCACUGAUGUUUGUUUUUUUCCAAAUCUUAUUCAAAGUAUCAUUAAUGUUUAAGAUAUGUUCAUGUGCCCAAUGAUUAAAAAGGAAUGCCUAAUUUAAGGACUCUGGUGCCAAGAUAUAAUGGUACCAACUUGCUGUAUAUAUACUAAAAAAACGUAAAUGAAGAAAUACGUGAAAAAAAAUAAAAAAGAAUGUGACAUGUUUUUUUAUUAAAUUAGAUUUUAAGGAGUACAUGUGCAACGAUCAAAGAUAUCUGUGACACAUCUAGCCGUAAUUAAAUUUACCUUUUUUAAGCUAUUUAAAGAAAGGAAAACAGAAUUUACUGUACUAUUAUAACAUUUACCCCGCGAAGAAAUAGGUGGUUAUCCAAAAGCCGGAACCUUAAAAUUGUGCAAAAUAAUAUAAAAUAACUGUAAUGUUUGUUACAGUAAGAGAGAUAAAAACUUUCUAAAAAGAUUGCAUGCAACUAAGAAAGUUGUUGCACAAAGUAGAAUAAUGUGAUGAUAAAACGAUUUUCGGGAAUCAGAAGAGACAAUUAAAAUGAGAAAGCAAAGUUUCUUUCAAAUACACACACACACACACACACACACACACAUAUAUAUAUAUAUAUAUAUUUGUCUCUCUCCUUACUGUAUAACUUCUCAAAUGUCCAAUGAGAAGUAAUCACUUGUAUAAGAAUAUUUAAGUAUUUGUAAAUUAAUAAUAAUAAUAAUAAUAAUAAUAAUAAUAAUAAUAAUAAUAAUAAUAAUAAUAAUCAUAUAAAUCCAAACAAAAUUUAUUGAAUUCGUAAUUUUAUUAAAUAUAUUCGUUGUUUAUAAAA